AUGAAUGUUGCACGACUAUUUCAUACAGCAUCCAUAUUAGGAAAUAGAAAAGUAUUAGUUACUGGUGGAUCUAAUGGCGGUAAUCUCAAUAGUUCUGAAUUAUAUGAUCCAAAAACAAGUAAUUGGAUAACUACAGGAAGCAUGAAUGUCGCACGAUAUUAUCAUACAGCAUCCAUAUUAGAGAAUGGGCAAAUAUUAGUUACUGGUGGGUAUGGUGAUAGUAGUAUUCUCAAUAGUACCGAAUUAUAUGAUCUAACAACAAGUAGUUGGACAACUACAAGAAGCAUGAAUGUUGCACGAGUUUAUCACACAGCAUCCAUAUUAGGAAAUGAAAAUGUAUUAGUUACCGGUGGAUAUAAUGGUAGUACUUAUCUCAAUAGUGCUGAAAUAUAUGAUCCAACAACAGGCAGUUGGACAAUUACAGGAAACAUGAAUAAUGCACGACAAUAUCACACAGCAUCCAUAUUAGGAAAUGGAAAAGUAUUAGUUACUGGUGGAUUUAACGAUGACAGUGUUCUCAUUAGCUCUGAAUUAUAUGAUUCAGCAACAGGUAAUUGGAUAACUACAGGAAGCAUGAAUGUCGCACGAUAUUAUCAUACAGCAUCCAUAUUAGAGAAUGGGCAAAUAUUAGUUACUGGCGGGUAUGGUGAUAGUAGUAUUCUCAAUAGUACCGAAUUAUAUGAUCCAACAACUAGUAAUUGGACAACUGCAGGAAGCAUGAAUAUCGCACGAGUUUAUCAUACAGCAACCGUAUUAGAAAAUGGAAAAGUAUUAGUUACUGGUGGAUAUAGCAUUAGUAAUAAUUUCAAUAGUGCUGAAUUAUAUGAUUCAGCAACAGGUAAUUGGAUAACUACAGGAAGCAUGAGUGUCGCACGAUAUUAUCAUACAGCAUCCAUAUUAGGAAAUGGAAAAGUAUUAGUUACUGGUGGAAACAAUGGUUUUCAUAUGAUAGCUCCUGGCCUAGUUGAUGGUUCCUUUACUCUUAAUAGUACUGAACUAUAUUGA